AUGAUCCUGAACGCUUCUGACCUGGGCUGGGAUGAGUCCUCAGGUGCAGACCCAUUCUUCACUUUGGACCAACUGGAUAGCUCACCUCCGUAUGAAGUCCCGCCCCUCACAGUGUGGGGCGUUGCCCUGUGUGUUUCAGGAACUCUCAUUGCCACUGAAAAUGCAAUAGUUGUCACCACCAUCUUGGCCACCCCGUCUCUUCGCGCCCCUGUUUUCCUGCUGCUGGCGAGCCUCGGACUGGCCGACCUCUUGGCAGGUGUCGCUUUGGUCCUGCACUUCCUCUUCCUGUUCUGCAUGGAGCCCAGUGAUUGGUCAGAACUGCUGACCUCUGGACUGCUGGUGACAUCACUGACUGCCUCACUCUGUAGCCUGAUGGGUGUUGCUUUAGACCGAUACCUGUCUUUAAGCCACGCCCUCACCUAUGGUUCAAGCCAAUCACGCCGAAGAGCUGCUGUCCUCCUGCUGCUGGUCUGGUUGGGUGCAUGCAUCAUCGGGGCGGGGCCUGCAAUGGGAUGGCACUGUCUGGGGGAGCCAAACUCCUGUUCUGUAGCACGACCUCUGACCCGGACAUACCUCUCGCUGCUGUGUGGUGGCUUCCUGGUGGUUGUCAUGGUUACCCUACAAUUGUACGCUGGGAUCUGCCGUGUGGCGAGGCGGCACGCCCACGCCAUCGCUACCCAGAGGCACUUUCUCCCUGCCAACCAAUCAUAUGCAAGCAAACACAGCAGUGGGAGGGGCUUCUCUCGGCUGAUCCUGGUACUCAGUGUGUUUGUGGGCUGCUGGAUGCCUUUCUCCCUCUGGGGGCUGCUGGGAGACGCGUCCAGCCCUCCUCUGUACACCUAUGCCACCUUGGUGCCGGCGGCGGGCAGCUCGCUGCUGAACCCGAUACUCUACAGUCUGAGAAACAAAGACAUUCGGAAGGUGCUGCUCCAGGCCUGCUGCCCACACAGAUACACACAGAACACACACGUGCACUACCCUGUCGAUGUGUAG